AUGGAAAUUGCAUUCGAUCUUUCCACAAUUUUCACCGAUGAAAUCCAGAGAUUAGACAGAGCACAAUUGCUCAGAUUCGAUCCCAGGAGAUAUUGGGCAGUUGCGAAAAGUAUUGAUGUUUUGGGACAAAUGUCAGCAAAGGUAUGGAACAUUUUUCAUUCAUCAGUUUCAGAAAGAAAAAAAAAAACAAAGAAAAAUGGUUGCAUUUUGAAUGAUGAUAUUUCAUGAAUUGAAAAUUCGUUUUUUGCAGCAUCAAGGAUUGAAAAGAGUCAUCACUUCUUAUGAAAAAGUUGUCGAUUCAGAUGAAGAGCAAAUCGUGUAUUUGAUGUGGAAAAAGAAUGAAAAUAUGUAGGGUUACCUAUUCUGAUGAGACAAAUCAGACAUUUUCUUGUUUUCAGAAGCUCUUCUAGUUUGCUCAUCGGAUUUUUGAAAGUUGGAAUCAAAAAAUUGUAUCUCACAAACAAGGAACUCAAUCAAUUCGAAGAUCGACCACUUUGUGUUUUGGAUUUUUUCAUAGUCCCGGAAGAACAACGGAAGGGCUCAGGACUGAAAAUAUUCAAUAAAAUGUUAACGGUACUCAUAUUUCUUUUGUUAUCACAAUUAACUUAUUGAACUUUCUAGACCGAAAAUCACCCAGCAGAUCAAUGUGCAUAUGACAGACCAUCUACUGGACUUCAACAAUUUUUGUUGAAAAAUUAUGGGCUUGAAGAUCCUAGUAAGUUUUUUUUCCACUUUUUACGAUCAGGUCAUAAUGAUAUUGAAAACCUUAUAAACGAAGAAAAUUUGCAGUUUGGCAAACCACAAAAUAUGUGGUGUUUCCGGAUUUUUUCAAUGGCCGUCUUCCGACAGUUGUCAAUACGCCGAGACCAACAGCAAGAAAUUCACGUGUGAGCUCGCAAUCGGCAAGCAGAGUUUCGAGCAGAAAUGGAAGUCCAAUUGGGGUAAGAGAGAGAAGUUCAUUGGGGACGUUUUCAUUGAGAUUCGAUGUCUAAAUUUCAAUAGCAUUCAGAUUUCCAGUUCUGAAUAAUACGUCAGUUUUCCAAAUUAGGAAAGUGAUAAAAUUUCUCAAAUCAUACAAUAUUCUUUCCUCUAAAUGAAUGCAAUUAUUUUUAUGUGAUGAAUCACGCACUCUCCAAAUUUCACAUUAUCUAUCAACAAUAAAAUAAUUGUGUUUAUUUUAUUGUUCGAUUAAUUGUAUAACAAUGUGAUUUUGAUGUGCAAUAGAAAAUUAUUUUUUUUUGAAUAUAGAUUUUUGAGGGACUUCCCGAAAAAACCUAUGUGAAUUUUCAGCGUAAUCGUCCUCGCCAUGAUUCGGUUGCUGAUUUGAUGCGUCAAGAUAAUGCUCCUGGAGAACGUCGCGAAUUUGACCCGAACACCCCAACCGGACGUAAAAAUACCAGAGAUUUUGGGCAUACACGAAUUUGGUAA